GCGGAGUUCAGUUCAAUAAAGUCCUUGCUGAAACAACGGUGGAGUCAGUAUACCUCCAACUUUCCGUGGAUUCACGAGUUGUGUUUUGUUCUCCAGUCUACUCUGUGUAUGAAUCGUGUUUUUCGGACGGCAGUGGUGGAAAACGGACGUUUCUCUGAUAAGGUUUCAGUAUUUCUCCUGAGAUAUAUACGGUUCAGUAACGUCACCCUGUGAUAGACUCCACAGAGGUGAAAAUGAAGCACCUUUUCCUACUCUGCCUGGCUGCGCUGCUGGUCCUGUGUGGUCAUAAGGGUGUGCUCUCCCAAGCUCCAUCCUACGGUGAACGAGGAUCUGAUCUUGGCAUACAGGUGUUUCAGCAAAUAGUCCACUCCAGACCUGUGGAUAAUGUGGUGCUCUCCCCCCAUGGAGUUGCUUCUAUUCUAGGCAUGUUGCUGUCAGGAGCCCAUGCUGAAACACGGAAGCAGAUCCUCAGCGCUCUGCGUUACAAAAAAAAUGGACCUUACAAAAUGCUGAGGAAGCUUCACAAAACCUUGACAGCUAAGUCUAACCAGGAUUCAGUGAUAAUUGCCAACGCUAUAUUCAGUCAAGAAGGUUUUCCUAUGGAGGGAGCCUUUCUAGACACCAACAAGAUGAAUUUCCAGUGCGAGAGCAGGAGCAUGAACUUUGGUGACCCCCAUGCGGCAGCAGAUGAAAUCAACCAAUGGGUCAAGAAUAAUACCAAAGGUCACAUCCCCAGCUUGAUCAAAGCAGACAUGCUGGACCCAGCUCUGACCCGCCUGGUUGCUGUCAACUCAAUCUACUUCAAAGGCUUAUGGAAGUCCCGCUUCCAGCCUGAGAACACCAAGAUGAGGCAGUUCACCGGGGGCAAUGGAGACGUAUAUAAAGUUCCAAUGAUGUCCCAGCUAUCGGUCUUCAAGAUCGGCAUAGCCACCACACCUCAGGGCCUCAAAUAUAAGGUGAUUGAACUGCCGUACCAUGGCAACACAGUCAGCAUGUUGAUUGUCCUGCCCAGUGAGGAGGACACUCCUCUGUCCCGUGUUAUCCCACACAUUAGCACAGCCACUGUGCAAAGCUGGACUGAACUGUUGCAUAUGAAGAAAGUUCGCCUGCUAAUUCCCAAGUUUACUUCUGAUGCAGAAGUGGAUUUGGAAGCCCCACUCUCAGCUCUAGGGAUAAGGAACAUGUUCUCUCAUGACAAAGCUGACUUCAGACACCUGAGUGCUGAGCCUGUGUAUGUAUCUAAAGCGCUCCAGAAAUCCAAAAUUGUGGUGAAUGAAGAUGGAACUAAAGCAACAGCAGGAACUACUGCCAUUUUGCUGGCUCGGUCUUCUCCUCCUUGGGUCAUUGUGGACAGGCCUUUCCUCUUCCUCAUCCGACAUAACCAAACAGGUACAAUCCUCUUCAUGGGUCAGAUCAACCAGCCAUGAGUUCAUCCCCCUGUGGUAGCAACACAGAUAUUGCUUAUACAUCACUGAGCAUGAAUACAGACUUAAAAACACUUCCUUAUACAUAUACACACACACACACACACACACUUUGCUGUAGACUUAUGUACAAUGUGGACAUAUGAUGUUUGUUUUAAGUAUUGCUUUUUAAGUUACCUGUUUUCUGUAAUGCAUAACAUGCUUUUUAAAAAAUGUUUUGCAGACUAAAUUUUCCAUCUAUUUUAAUUUUUCUAUUUGUAAACUUUUAUUUUAUUGCCUUUUUAAAAAGACUUUGAAUGUCAGAUGUGUAUUUUUUGAACUCUGGAGUAGGAUAAUCAGUUUAUUUAUCAUGUGACUGUUUGAGUUUAAAGGUUCCCCAUCUCAUGUCAUGUCACUCCAGUCUCCAAAGUUUCACUUCAGUGGUGUGUACAUUCCAUCUGGAACACAUUCAGCAACUUUGAGAUGAUUGUUUCCUUACUUGGGGAGUCUUGUGUUAUCAUACUUGCUUCAUAUUUGAUAAAUAAAUACAUAUUUAUAACAUUA